CUCUCAUGUGAUGGCUCUUGCCGGUGACGUGCCAGCCAUAUGGGCGCUGGCAUCGCAGCCUUAGCUGGUAUGUAACCCAUUCCCUGGUAGCUCACGGUUGCCAUACGUGCACUGACACACACACACACACGCACGCACGCACGCACACGCACACUAUAUCCCUCUCUCUCUCUCUCGAUCUCAGUCACUCUCUCUAUCUCUCUCUCUCACACACACACACUCGCACACGCGCGCGUUUACAUCCAUGCAUGCAUGCCCUCACGCAUGCACACGCAGACACGCCAGGACGCCGGGACAGGAGGACGCACCGAGCGACCCAUCAGCGACAGGAAACGACAGCCGCGCGCCUCCCGCACCUGCACGCUGAAGGAGAGCGGUGCUUCGCUCGCUCGUGCGUUCCCGAAGAUGGUUUGAAAUCGAAGCGCGUGUUUUUGUCCCAUCCUCUCUGUUUUCGCCUCCUCUCUGCCGCGAAAAGCGAAAGCAAAGAUUCACGAUGUUGACGAGGCUUUUCAGUGAUCCUUCGUUGCUUCCCGACGUGCAAAAAUACUCCGCCUGGGCGGAAGACAGCGAUGGAGAGGACAACAAAAUCAAAGACGAAGACCAGGACGCUCAGGACGACAUGGAGGCCUCUGACAUGAUGGGAGACAGUCGGACGCAUUCAGAGCACGCCGGGGACGACGACGAGGAUGACGAGGUGGAAGAAGACGAGGACGGUGAGGAUACUGAGGGUGACAGACCCAAGAAAAGGGGCCCCAAAAAGCGCAAAAUGACCCAGGCUCGGAUUGAGCGCUCCAAGAUGCGGAGGAUAAAGGCCAACGCCAGAGAGCGGACCCGGAUGCACGAUCUGAACUCUGCGCUUGACAAUCUGCGUAAAGUUGUGCCCUGCUACUCCAAAACGCAAAAACUGUCCAAAAUCGAGACGCUCCGACUGGCAAAAAACUAUAUCUGGGCCUUGUCGGAGAUACUGCGCUCUGGGAAGAGGCCUGAUCUUGUUUCUUACGUCCAGACGCUGUGCAAGGGUCUCUCCCAGCCCACUACCAACCUGGUAGCGGGAUGCCUGCAGCUGAACUCCCGCAACUUCCUCACCGAGCAGCAGUGUCAGGACGGGAGUAGGUAUGGCUCCGGCUCCUUCUCCAUGCACUCCUACCCGUAUCAGUGCGCGCGUCUGUCCAGCCCCCACUGCCAGCCGGGCUCGAACUCGCAUCCGCUGAGGACGCACGGUUAUUGCUCGGCGUACGACUCCCUGUACGGUGGGAGCGGGUCACCGGAGUACAACAGCCCCGAGUAUGAGGGCCCUCUGAGCCCGCCCCUGUGCGUGAACGGCAACUUUUCCCUCAAGCACCAAGGCUCUGCGUCCCCGGAGAACGAGAAGGGGUACCACUACUCUAUGCAUUACUCUGGCCUGCCUGGCUCCAGAGCGGCUGGGCCCCACAAUCUGGUGUUUGGCUCCUCAGGGGCCCGGAGCGGCAUUCACUCUGAAAACGUCCUGCCUUACCACGACAUGCACUUACACCACGAGCGGGCCCCAGUCUAUGAUGAACUGAACGCGUUUUUUCACAAUUAAGAAGUGAAGCUCAUCAUGCGUCCUCUUGUUGUCAAAACCAACCACGGCACACUUUCGGACUAUAAGCCCGCCAGGAUCCAGACAGUAUCCUGGAUAUAAUAAUAAUAAUAAUAAUAAUAAUAAUAAUAAUAAUAAUAAUAAUAAUAAUAAUAAUAAUAAUAAUAAUAAUAAUAAUAAUAAUAAUAAUAAUAAUAAUAAAAUCUCUCACUCAUUGUUUUCAUUGGUGUUCUUUACCUGUCAACAUCCAGUCUGUUUUUGCUAUAGUCAGGGAUGUAGUGGAAGAAAACCUUAACUACAAUCUCAUUUUGCGCAAUAAAAGCUUCCCAUCCUUUGAAAGUGACAUGCAUUUCAAGAGGACUUCGUAAACAAACCACGUUAGAAGACAACAAACGGAUUCGAAAUAAUAUUUAUCACGUGUGAUUUGUGUUUGUAUUGGUGAUUGUUUGCAUUUUGGUGGAAGGAUGUCCUACUACACCUCCUCACAUUUUUUUUCCUUUCCCCAUAUACCACUACAUCGCUGGCUAUUUAGCAACACUCACCUAAAAUUGGUGGUUAUGUUAUAAAGGAACAAUAAAAAAAUCACCUGCAAGGGACGAAAUGAAAAAAAGUCUAACAGGAGGGCAAAAACAAACGCUGAGCUGUUAAAAAAUAUAAGAUGUGUUGGUUGGGCUGUUUUUGAAAUUAUUUGUAUAUUUUUUUCCGCCAGGAAAUCAGUUGUUUGGCAUCUAUGCAAAACCAUAUGAGAGCACGAAGCGAGGCAGACAAAGGCCCAGAAAGACACUGAUCCAAUGACAGCACUUUUGCUGCACACAUUCUCUCUCCCACACACACCCGUAAGCAUUCAUAAAACACAAACAUACACACACACACACACGCACGCACACGCACACACACACACACACACACACACACACGCACACACACUGGAAUCACACUUAUGAAACCUGACAAACAUGCUCUGGCCAAAAUCUUCAACUGAAGUCAACAGUCUGAUAUACACUGGAACUGACAAUGGAAGAUAUUUAUGACAUUAUUAAUUUAUUUAUAUCGUUUUGUCAGCCAACAGGGCUAUUCAACUGGAGUUUUUAUUUAUUGUCAAUGUUUUUUAUUAUUAUUAUUAUUAUUAUUAUUAUUAUUAUUAUUAUUAUUAUUAUUAUUAUUAUUAUUAUUAUUAUUAUUAUUGAACAGGUUUUAUUAUUUAUUUUGUAAUUAUUGUUAAUAGUCAAUGGAAAUGAAGGGAACCCUAUAUUGCUGGCCAAUUUUUUGUUUUUUUGUUUUGUUUGUUUUGCUUUUCAUAGAAACUCAAAUCUUUCAACUUUGUAUUCAACCAACUGUGUGGUAAAAUAAAAUAACAACAAAUGAGACUGUGGAAUUGGAUUAUUUCGUAUGCAUAUAUGCGCACCUACCAAUCAUGCAACACAUAGUUUAUGCUAUAAAUCAAAUGUUUCUGCAAAUAAGGUU